GGCUCCAUCGUGGAGGAGAUGGAGAGCAGAGGACAGGCCUUUGCCGCCUUCGGCUCACGAGAUCACUGGCUGCACCAGCUGUUGAACCAGCAUCUGCCUUUGGUUGAAGCCCUAGAUCCAGAAGACUUGGCAAGGGAGCAAAGUCUCCUCAGUUCGCUGGCGAGUACCCUUCGUAGUCGUGCAAAAGAUCUGGCUGAGCUCAUACGAGGCACGCCGCCUUGCGCAGACCAGCAAAAGAGCCUCUUGCGAGCUGCAGCAGCAGGAUGCGACGUUGAGCUGCUGCAGGUCGCGCAGCUUCCAGAAAAG